CUCCUCCUCGGAAAAAAAUACCCCAAAUGCCGGCCUGAAGCCCCAAAACCCCCAAACCCUCCUCCUCCUCCUUGACGGCCGUUGUGCGGCGGCCACCAUGGCUAGGCAGCCGCUCAGGUUCUACCCGCGACUGCUCCGAGCCGACUCCCCCGCCGCGGAGGACCCGGGCGUUCCCAUGGACAUGCGGCAUGGGCUGGAUCCGGACACGCUGGACCCCUACAAAAACAUGGUGCUCAACUUCUUCUAUUCCUACCUCCUGGAGUCGCCCGUCUCCACCGCCGCCUCCCUCUCCUGCACCACCGCGGAGGACGGCGACGGCGUCGACCGCGUCAGCCUUCUCCCCGACGAUCUCCUCCGCCGCGUCGUCUCCCGCCUCCCCGCCAAGGACGGCGCGCGCACCGCCGUGCUCUCCUCGCGCUGGCACCACCUUUGGCGCUCCACCCCGCUCGUCCUCGUCGACACCCACCUCCUUCCCGCGGCAUGCGCCGGGGCCCGGCCCGGCCGCGCCGGGGCCGUCUCUCGCGCCGUCACCGGCGCCGUCUCCGCAGCCCUCGAGGCGCACCAAGGGAACUUCACCUUCGUCAGCCUCACCUGCAGCUUCCUGGAACGCGCCGACCGCGGCGUGCUCGCGCGCUGGGUUCAGCUCCUCGCCACCAAAGGCGUCAGCGAGCUCGUCCUCGUCAACCGCCCGUGGCCCCUCCCCCGUGGCGUCUGCCUCCCAGUCGCGCUCUUCAGCUGCGCCUCUCUCACCCGUCUCUACCUCGGCGCCUGGCUGUUUCCGGACACCGCCACCCUCCCGCGCGGCGCUGCUUUCCCCAAUCUGCGUGAGCUCGUCCUCGGCUGCGUCAUGAUGACGGACAAGGAUCUCGACUUCGUGCUCGCCGCCAGCCCCGUGCUAGAGAUCCUCGCGGUCGUUGGAAGCCAGACCCAACUGCACGCUCGUCUUGCCAGUCAGAGCCUACGGUGCGCGCAAUUCUGCUUGUCCACUGUGGAGGAGGUCGCUGUGGUGGACGCCCCAUGCCUUGAGCGUCUCUUCAUCUGGUGCUGCUCAAGCCACGGCCUCGGCACGGCCAGGAGCAAAACAAGCAUUAGAGUCAAGAUUGGUCGUGCUCCACAGCUGCGUUUGCUGGGAUACUUACGGCCAGGAUGGCAUGUGCUGGAGGUUGGCAACACCACCAUCAAGGCUAGUACACAGGUGAGCCCAAGGACGAUUGUCCCCAGUGUCCAGAUGUUAGCAUUGAGCCUACAUUUUGGAAUCCGCAAUGAAGUCAAGAUGCUGCCUAGCUUCCUCAGGUGCUUUCCGAACGUCGAGGUUCUUCUUAUUCAGGUAAAACUAACUUUUUCCUAUCAUUUACGGGAUAGCAGCACAUUGCUCCUGUAUUAUCUGUCAUUGCAUAUAGCUCAACUAUGGGUCGAUAUAUGUUUGCAGUCCGAGGAAACUCAUGAACCCACUGGUAACCUCCGCCUCAAGUUCUGGCAGGAGAAUGGUAUGAUUGAGUGCGUCCGAUCGCGCCUCAAAAGAAUCGUUUUCCGUGAGUACCAUGGGCAUGAGAAUGAGUUUGCCUUUCUCAUGUUCAUUGCUGAGAAUGCAGAGGUGCUGGAGCGGAUGGUGGUUGAGUUGAAGUUUGGAAGAUAUGCUGCGCCUGAAGAGAUUGCUAUCAAGAUGAAAGCUCUGCAAGGUGCCAAAUGGGCCAGUGGAGGCGAUAAAUUGCAACUCACCUUCAGCAAAUUUCCUAGUGCUUGGAGCCUCUCGAAAGGAUCUGACUUCUCAUUUGAUGACCCUUUUCUCUGCCUCUGCUAUAUGCCAACCUAUUUCGAAAUGCGAGAUAGCUCUGGCCAGUUCAAGCCUCUGGGUUAUCUUUAG